AUGGACUCUAAGAAGCAUGAAUUUGGCCAUUUGGGAAAUGUUGGAAAUGAGACGAGAGGAGGAAAAUUGAGUGAAUCUAGUGAUUAUAUGAAAUCAGGAGACAAAGCUGGGAACUUGAAAGGUGAGUACGGCAAAGUUGAAGGAGAUAAAGCUGGGAACUUGAAAGGUGAGUACGGCAAAGUUGAAGGAGACAAAGCUGGGAACUUGAAAGGUGAGUACGGCAAAGUUGAAGGAGACAAAGCUGGGAACUUGAAAGGUGAGUACGGCAAAGUUGAAGGAGACAAAGCUGGGAACUUGAAAGGUGAGUACGGCAAAGUUGAAGGAGACAAAGCUGGGAACUUGAAAGGUGAGUACGGCAAAGUUGAAGGAGACAAAGCUGGGAACUUGAAAGGUGAGUAUGGCAAAGUUGAAGGAGACAAAGCUGGGAACUUGAAAGGUGAUUACGGCAAAGUUGAAGGAGAUAAAGCUGGGAACUUGAAAAGUGAGUAA